UAAUAAUAAUAAUAAACCUCUCAAAACAGGCGAUUAGGGCACGAUUAUGUGCGUUUAAGGUCCCCUCCUCGUCGAUUAUUCAGGGAGCUCCGGCGUUGGCGUCGGUGUUCCGGGGUCAGGCGAAGGCGGUAAGGUUUCAGGCGGCGGCGAUCAGACGAUUUUCAGGCGGGUUCGUGGGGUUUUUGCAGCGGUUUCGUGGGGUUUUUGCAGGCGGUUUGCAGGCGGUUUUUGCAGGCGGUUUUCAGGGGUCGUAGGUGUCGGAGGUUUUCAGACUUUUCCGGUGGCUUAGCACGGCAUCAGUUUCAGGUUCGUGGGUUCGUUUUCCGGCAGUGCGAGAGUUCCGUUGUUCCGUUUCAGUUUGGGUUUCAGUUUGGUGUUUCGAUCAAUUACCGGCAAUAGUUUCAUUUUGGGGAUCACUUUGGUGUUUCGAUCAGGUCCGUGGGUCAGUUUCCGGCCAUUUGUGAGUUCAGUUACAAUCGUGAGUCCCGAUUUGACAGCCCACUUAUUGACGUAUUGGGUAUGGGCUGCUCGACUCGAUUACGAUAUCGGAUAUUCGGAUCCAUGACUUGUGCAAGCUCUGUAUUUUUUCAUCCUCUUAUAAAUAAAUCCCAGACUUUGUACGAACUUAGAAAUUCAAAUUCAUACUGAUUUAAUCCCCAAAAUCUAUUAAUUUGGGGAUAAAAUUGAAAUUGAAAAUCUAUUAAUAAAUAAGAACAGAGAUUUACAAGUCGUUUGCGUGGUAGAAAGAAUGGGGAUAAAAUUGUCUGAAUCAGAAAAACCGUUGGCAGAAUUAUACAAACCUGCCAAAAAGAUGAUUGACGAAACGCAAGGGCGUCUGAAAAACCUUGAAUCCGACAUAGAAAACGGUGGAGUUCAUGAUUGUGGUGGAUCGCUGCUUUCAAUUUACUACGAAAUCUCUAAAAUUCGAUCCGUUUGCCGUCAAAUGCACGCCUCAUUAUUGUAUUCAACCCCUAAUUAUCGGCUAUGGGAAUUCAGAAAGAAUUUGAUCGAUGAGCAAUCUUUGGAGAUGAAAUUCAGAGUCGAAGAACUCGUCGCUUCUAAUGAGGGACUGUGCUCAUCGAAAACAAAGUAUGCCUUGAGAGCUUUAGAUGACUCAGAAACGGAUCUGCAUAAGCUUAUAAAUUUUCUGGGAUUUUGUAAAAGAAGCAUGAUUCAAUUGUUUGAGAUGGAAGACACUAAAGGCGAAGCACCAUUCUGUGACAAAAGGCCUUUUUGGUUUUGGUUUUGGUUUAUGAUUGGAAGUAUUGUAAUUUUGUGGCUUUUUUUGUUAAUUUCAUCAAUUUCAAGCCUAUCUCAACAACGGUGAGUGACGAGACUCUAGUGUUUAUUCUCUUACCGCACUAUCAACAACAAUACACUAAUACAUUAUCUAUCUAUCUAUGGCAUCACUCUUAUUUUAGUCUUCA